GUCCCUGGAACCCGAACAGAUGGUGUUUACUUUGGCACGACUCGAGACCUUGGAGAUUUGCCUGAAGGAAGCAGAAGAAAAGGCUAAAGUCUUAUCUGAACAGCUUGCAGUCUCGGAAGGAACAAAAUCGAAGCUGCUUGAGCAAGUUUCCUGGCUGGAGAAAAAGCUAGAAGCUCUGGACUGUAGGGAAGACAGUGGAGAACCAUACAAAAAAAUGGUUCUUGCAAAAGACCAGUGCAUUGAGAAAUUACAAGCGGAAGUAAAAGCUUCCCAGGAGCAACUUGCAGCCCAUAAUUGUUUUAUGGUAGCUAACUUCAUAAACAUUUUCUGGAGUCUGCAAAGAAGAAAACACAAACUACCUCCCACCGUUGUCCUUCAAAUAUGUGCGACAGCACUACAAUUUCUAAAGCAUUUGUUUAUUUUUAACAUCAUUGCUCGAAACCAAAAAGAAGAGACAGGAAGGAACAAAAGAAAUUGCUGGAGGAGGAGCUAGGUGAAGAAUAGCGAACA